GAGGUGGGGGAGGCAGGAAAGGUUGUGUAUCCAGCACAGAUAGACUCAGUCAGUCUGGAACUUCCAAGGCUGGUGUUGUUUGACCAUGGCUGGUGUUCAGACAGAGAUGGCCCUGUGUUUUCGUCCUUGGAUGGGGUCCCACCGAAUAUUUGGACGACUCGGAUGCAACUCGCUCAUGGCUGACUGGUGGUCGGACAGGACUCCCCUCCAUGAUGCCGCCUGUCAGGGUAGACUGCUGAACCUCCGAACUCUGCUCUCACAGGGGUACAGUGUGGACAUGCUGACCAUGGACAGAGUCUCUCCCCUCCAUGAAGCGUGUCUGGGUGGACAUUACGCUUGCGUCAAGUUCCUCUUGGAGAGUGGGGCCAACGUGGAGGCGGUCACUGCUGACGGAGCAACGCCCCUGUCCAGUGCCUGCAGCAGUGGCAGCGCUGCAUGUGUGAGACUGAUCCUGCAGUACAGCCCCGUCCUCCUCUUCUCACACCAGCUGGCAUCACCUAUCCACGAGGCUGCCAGAAAAGGCCACAGCGAGUGUGUGGAGGUGCUGCUGACUCACGGGGCCCACAUAGACCUGCAGCUACCUGGGCAGGGGACCCCACUGUACUCAGCCUGCUUGGCCCGGUCCGCAGAAUGUGUGGAGAGGCUGCUGUACUUAGGUGCUGAUGUCCAGUUGGGGUGUGGACCAGACUCGCCGUUACAUGUGGCAGUGCGAGAAGGUGGCGUGAGAGUGGUGGAACUUCUGAUGGACUACGGGGCUGAUGGGAGUUGUAGGAACGCAGACAGGAAGACCCCUUUGGACCUUGCAGCAGCCAACAGCCCUCUCAGAACUACACUGCUGAGCAGAGGUCCCUGUUCUCUGGCCCAGGCAUGCCGGGUCUCUAUCCGUCGGAGUUUGGGUGGCAGUCGUCUCCAUGGUGCCUCGGGCCUCUUCCUCCCCCUCAGACUCCAGGCCUUCCUGCUCUACCAGUGACCAACCCUCGAGUGCUCCUCAACCACAGAGCCCCUCCCACAACCACAGUUGGUCGCGAUUCUUGAUAGUCAGACCAUUGUCGGUGGACCAUUGUAACUGACGUCACAUUAGUGAUUAUGAUUAAGAUGAUAAUGAUGAUGGUUAUGAUAAUGAUGUAUUGUUGUACCUUUCAAUUCAAAAAAAUGAUCCUCAUUAGAAUGAUGUUCAUAAUUCAUAUUUGUAAAUAUAUUUUUUUCCAUACCAAUUGUAUUUAUAACCCCUACAUGAACAGCCUUUUCCUGUUUCUAAUGUAUUAUAUCAUACACAUAUUCAAACAUUGUACACAUUCAAAUGUUCUCAAAUAGAAUAUCUUAUUCAAUCGUCAAUGGUAAUAGAUUUCUUUAGCACAGCCCCCACAUGUAGUGGUGGAUGAAACCAUGUUCAGUUCACACUUGAGAGCUUAAAGCUAUGCACAGUCUUUUGUGUCUCAAAUUGAUGAUUUUUGAGUUUGCCAGAACCUCAGCUCAAACCAAAGGGGACUGGGCAACUCAACAACCUGACACACCACAAUUAAAAACAGAGAUGUGGGUGCUUGUGAGUACAUAAAUGAUAUUUUUCCGUCUAAAAUAAUGAUUCUAAUAAUUCUGUAGCCUACCCAGCACAACAUAACACUAUAUAAAUA